AUGUCGUCGGGAUACUUGGUGAAUGUACCGAAGUUAAAAGGACGUGAAACAUAUGACGAUUGGGCGUUUGCAGCAGAAAAUUUUCUAAUCUUAGAAGAUUUAGCAGAAUGCAUUGUAGAGCCAAAGCACGAGGCAGAAAUUGAUGUGAUCAAGGAUAAAAAGGCAAGAGCAAAAUUGAUAUUAACAUUAGAUACAAGUUUAUAUGUAUAUGUAAAAGAAACAAAAACCUCAGCCCAGCUAUGGUCAAAAUUAAAGGCGAUGUAUAGUGAUUCAGGCUUCACUCGAAGGAUUAAUCUCUUAAGGACAUUAAUUUCUACUAGAUUAAUUAAUUGUGAAUCCACGAGCUCAUAUGUCAAUCAAAUAAUAGAAACAGGGCAGAGAUUGAGGGGAACGGGAUUUAACAUUGAUGAUGAGUGGAUAGGCUCUUUGCUCUUGGCAGGAUUGCCGGAAAAGUUUUCGCCGAUGAUUAUGGCUAUUGAGUAUUCCGGUAUAGCCAUUACAACGGACACAAUAAAAACGAAGCUGCUGGAUAUAGGCAACGAUGUUGCAGUUAAUAAUGAUGAGAGCGCCUUUGUAGCAAAACAAAAUGGCAGAGUUUUUUCAACUGGUAGUUAUAAUAAAACAGAUUGGUAUGUUGAUUCUGGAGCCAGUAUUCAUCUUGUGAAUGACAAUAACAAUUUAAGAGAAUACAACAAGAAACCUGAUGUGCAGGAAGUAAGGACAGCUAACAAUAUGCAAUUGAAGGUAGUGUCUUGUGGCAGCGUUUCUCUUAGGACAGCGGUUUAUGGUCAAGUUUAUGAUGUUGAAGUACAGGAUGCUCAUUAUGUACCACAAUUGUCAGCAAAUUUAUUAUCUGUUAGCGCUCUUACCAGAAAGGGUAACAGGGUUGUUUUCAAUGAUAAUAAAUGCAAAAUUUAUAGCAAAAAUAACACUUUGGUUGCAGUGGCGGUACUUACAGGUGGAGUAUAUAAACUCAUGAUAAAUAAUAUUAAUUGUUUGUUAGUUACAGAUCCUAAGUCAGGAAAUUUAUGGCAUAGACGGUUAGGACAUAUAAAUAAAACAGAUUUGUGUAAAUUGAGUAAAGGCUUGGUAAAAGGACUCACCAUAUCCGAGAAGGCAACAUCAGACAUAAAUAAUUGUAUAGUUUGUUGUGAAGGAAAGCAAACUAGAUUGCCAUUCAAACACAAAGGUUCAAGAGCAGUAAAAGUUCUGGAAUUAGUUCAGUCUGAUGUUUGCGGUCCAAUGGAACAGUUAUCUAUAGGUGGUUCGCGAUAUUUCUUGAGUUUUCAAGAUGACUAUUCAAAGAUGUGUUUUGUUUAUUUUUUAAAGUCAAAGGAUGAAGUUCUUCGUUGCUUCAAAGAGUUUAGGGCUGUCGAGUAUUUGAAAGAAAAUGGUAUUAUUCAUCAAAGAACAAAUCCAUAUACACCUGAACAAAAUGGGAUUGCUGAAAGACUAAAUCGGACUUUGGUAGAAAAGGCCAGAUGUCUAAUAUUUGAUGGUCAGUUAGAUAAAAAGUUCUGGGCAGAGGCUGUUAAUACAGCAGCAUAUUUGAAGAACAGAAGUGUAACAAGUGAUCUAACAAAAACACCUUUUGAAUUAUGGUGGAAGAAAAAACCUGAUGUUAGUCACAUUAAGAUAUUUGGAAGCGUUGUAAUGGAUCAUGUACCGAAGCAGAAAAGAUCAAAAUGGGACAGAAAAUCUGUUAGAAAGAUUUUGAUCGGAUAUGCAGACGACGUUAAAGGAUAUAGAUUAUUUGAUCCAGUCACAAAUAAAAUUUCCACAAGUAGAAAUGUAGUUAUUAUGGAAACUAUUGACGACGAGCCUAGCAAGAACCCAAUAGAACCAGUAGAGAACAGUGUUUCAGUGGGGGUUAAUGAAAUGCAGCCUGUAACUGAAGAAAAGGAUCAAAAUGCUGGCAGUGAUCAUGAACAAAAUAUUAUAGAAAUACGAAAGUCUGAAAGAACAAGAAAGAAGAAAACGUUUGAUGAUUAUGUCACAUACGCGUGUAACAACUUUCCAAUGGAAGAACCAAAAACAAUUAAGGAAGCAAUGUCAAGACCAGACAAGCAAUAUUGGAUGGACGCUAUAGCUGAAGAAUUAAAAUCUUUCGAGGAAAAUAAGGCCUGGGAGUUAGUGAAUAUGCCAGAAAACUGUAGUAUAGUGGACUGCAAGUGGGUUUUUAAACGAAAAGUAGAUACUGAAAACCAAGUACGAUAUAGAGCUCGGUUGGUAGCUCGAGGUUUCACUCAACAGUAUGGUGUAGAUUAUGAUGAGACUUUUUCUCCAGUCGUUAGGCAUUCAACCUUAAGAUUAUUAAUGGCUUUAUCAGUAAGAUUAGGAUUAAGCAUAACGCAUUUAGACGUCACAACAGCUUUUCUGAAUGGACAUUUGAAAGAAUUGGUAUAUAUGAAGAAACCAGAUGGCUAUAGAGAUAACAGUAGCAAAGUAUUGAAAUUAAACAAAGCUGUAUAUGGUUUGAAACAAUCGUCUCGAGUUUGGUAUCAAAAGGUUGAGACAGUUUUACUUGGGCUGGGUUACAGAAAAUCUAAGUAUGAACCAUGCAUGUUUAUAAAAGGUAAUAAUAAUACUAUGACUGUAAUAGCAUUGUAUGUUGAUGAUUUUUUCGUUUUUUCAAAUGAUAUAGCUGAAAAUAGUAAAUUGAAGACCGAAUUGAAUUUAAAGUUCAAAAUCAAAGAUUUAGGUAAGGCCAAAUGUUGCUUAGGAAUCAGGAUCAAUUAUGAAAAAGAUGGUAGUAUAAUAUUGGAUCAGGAGAGGUAUAUAGAUCAACUACUAAAUAAAUUCAAUAUGCAAGAUUGCAAACAAGCAGGUACACCUAUGGAAAGUGAUUUGAAAUUGUCUUCAGGUAAAAUUGAACAGGAGUUACCCUAUCAACAACUCAUUGGAAGUCUAAUGUAUUUAGCUGUUAUGACAAGACCUGAUAUUGCGUAUAGUCUGAGUUAUCUUAGCCAAUUUAACAAUUGCUAUGUUAGCAGUCACUUCAAAAGUGCAAAGAGGGUGCUAAAGUAUUUGCAGGGCACUAAGAAGUAUGGCUUAAAAUUUAAGAAGGAUUCAGAGAAUCUAGUAGGAUAUACUGAUGCAGACUGGGCAAGUGACAACGUUGAUAGAAAAUCGUACACAGGUUUCUGUUUCAAAUUCUCCAAUAGUAUUAUAUCUUGGGAAAGCUCUAAACAGAAAACUGUAGCAUUGUCAAGUACAGAAGCCGAGUACAUGGCAAUAUCGGAUGCUUCCAAAGAAGCGAUAUACUUAAAAAAUUUGUUAAUGGAGUUAACGGAUGUAAAUGAGAGUGUACGUAUUUACAAUGAUAACAAGUCAGCACAAAAACUCUCAUACAAUCCAGUUUUCCACAAAAGAUCAAAACACAUUGAUGUGAGACAUCAUUUCAUCAGGGAAGCAAUUGCAGAUGGUGUGAUCGAUCUAAAGUAUAUGCAGACAAAUGAUAUGCCUGCUGAUAUAUUCACGAAGAGCUUAAGUGUACAUAAACAUUUGAAGUUUUUAAAGCAGUUAGGUAUGAGUACACAAGUUGUUUAG